AUGAUGAUACCUGACUCGGUUCUCUCUUCCAAUUCCGGUUUUGAGAAAGCCAUGUUGAAAUCAGGGUCCGAUCUCUCUUCAAAAUACGGUUUUGAGAAAUCCGUAUUGAAAUCAAAACCGGUUAUCUCUUCAAAAUUCGUGGUUCCCGCUUCAAAGCUCGGUUAUCAAGAACCCGUGUUGAUCUCCGAGCCGGUUCUCUCCUCCAAACCCGCUGGUUCUGACCAAACGUUGAUCUCCAAACCCGGUUUGCAGAUAAUGUCUUCUGGGUUGAAAUCCGGUUCAGACAUUUCAGAGAAGGACGAGAAAGGGAGAACAAAGCGAACAGAGAGCUUUGAAGAGAAUGAGGGACAAGUGGAGUGUGUGCUUCGAAGAAGAGUUGAAGAAUUUAUAAACGGAAAAAGCAGAGAUACACAAAACAAGUUUCGUGAUGGUGGUGGUCGGAGAGCUUCGCCGGCGGAUGUACCGAGGAACUGGUCAACGGCGGUGAAUGCUUCGUGUGUUUCGUUAGUAAACCAAGUGAUGCCACGUCUCUAA